GAUGCAGCAUCCCAAAACGAGGGGACGCGCUGAAACUUCUCGCCGGGCGCUGUUAGGCAUGCGGGGGCGUUGGAGAGGGGAAACGCCGCGUUUGGAGCCCCCCUGCUGCAAGGCAGACGCAUUCGGCUCCUCGUUUCUCUCUCCUCUCUUCGUUCCCGCGUGGAGAGGGAGAGGGAGAGGGAGACAGGGGAGCGCCCUCCUCUUUCCUGCCAAGAAACCACCAUUUUUUUUUAUACGGAUUUCCCCCAAUCUUCUCGCCGAUUUCCCACGCAUUUCCUCGCCUUUUUGGUGGAUUCGAUUCUCCGGCGAGGUUCUCCCACUGGUUGAAGCAUCGGCGCCGCAGGUAGGAUUCGAUUCCCCCCAAAUCCAAGUUCCACUUUUCCCUGUGCAAUCAACCAUUGAUACAUUGGAAAUUCUGCAAGAGGUGUGGUUGCUGCAUUGGCGACACACGAAUUCGCAUCCGUUCUUCCUUCCCAAGGAAGCUCCUUAUACAGAUCAAAGUUUCUUGGGCAGAGUUGCGGCAUUGGCGUGACAAAGUUCCAGUAUUUUCUGUGCUGCGUGAUUCAUUGAGGAAGCACUGCCACCUGUAUGUGAAACUUUGAUCAGAAAUGGCUGUGAAAACCGGCUCAGGAUCACAGGACUUCUGGCACCGGUUCUGCCCCAUGCUGUCCUACGCUUGUGGCGAGCUUUGUGUAAUCAUACUGCUAUACGUGGCGGCUUUGGCAUCACAUGCAGCGACAAGGCUGGCGCGCAUCUGCGGGCUCAAGGCGCCAUGCAUCUUCUGCACAAGGCUUGACCAUGCCCUCCAUGGCAAGGCAUGGUUCUCUGCGGAUUUAGUUUGCUUCGCGCAUGGCUUGGAGGUCUCAUCUUUGGCUUACUGCAAGAGCCAUGAACAGCUUGCACGCUCUGAUGGUCUCUGCAAAACAUGCCUCCUUGCAUGCACAGCGGUAGGUGCCAGCGAGGAGGUUAACUCUAGCUCCAGAUCGAGGUCAAGAAGGUUGUGUUCUUGCUGUUCGGAGCUAUUCAAGAAUACUCGCAAUGCGCAGAAGCAUUCUGAAACUGCUAAUGCUGCGGAGUCUUGGGAUACUGUAUGCGGUUCAGAGGACAUUAACCCGAGGAGUCAAGUUUAUGCAAGUGACAACAUGGUUUCCAUGACAUCCAGGGUAGUACCUGAACAUGCCCCUGCAGAUCAUCAAAAAGAAAAGACUUUUGUGGUGGGUAUUGAGGAACUUCAUGAAUCAGAUGGUUCACCAGGUUCAGAUGGACAGUCUAGAAAGGACACUGGCUCUUCUGCGAAUGGUGGGACAGCAAAGCCAGCGACCUAUAGAUCUGCUGCACCGACACGCAUUGCUGUCGACCGCAACGGCAGUGUAAAAAGUGCGUACGUUGCUAGGGUCAACUUGACAUCUCCUCGGCCAUCAGAAAUCAUCUCUGCCAGGGAUAGCAAUUCAACAACUCAGCAAGAAGUGAAGGCACUCCUUUCUCAGAUUUCUUCUGCAAGGGGCCUUGACAGUUGUUCGAGUGAAGGGACUCCUAGCCCCAGUAUCAACGUUGAGAAUGAAGAAAGCAAUACUACGAGCAAGAAACCAUCUCUUGACAGGAAUUAUUCCGUGCUCGAACCUUCAGAUGGGAGCCUCACCGACGAUGCUGAAGGGGAAUGUUCUCUUGAGAAUGUAAAGAAGCAGCUCGAGCUCAACAAGAAGUCAAUGGCUGCUCUUUACAAAGAGCUUGAGGAAGAAAGGAGUGCUUCAGCGGUUGCGGCUAGCCAGACGAUGGCCAUGAUCAAUAGGUUGCAGGAGGAAAAGGCUGCAAUGCAGAUGGAAGCACUGCAGUACCUAAGGAUGAUGGAAGAGCAGGCUGACCAUGACCACGAAGCAAUACAGAAUCUACAUGAUUUGCUUACAGAGAGGGAGAAAGAAUUACUUGACAUGGAUGCUGAACUAAGAAACUGCCUGAAGCUCCUAGAGAGCGAGCCAUUCAAUGAUGCGAGAUUCGAUGCUACUAAUACAAUGAACAACACAAUAGAUGACAGAAGUCUGGCAUUUGAAGUCAUGAAUGGCAUGGAUUUUGUGAGGAGCACCAUGUCGCAUUUCGAAGAUGAAAAGGCACACAUUUUGGAAUCCUUGAGCAGAUUGGAGGAAGAUCUCGGCAUUUCCACAAACAGACUUGCUUCUGAUAAUGCCAAAAUUAGUCAAGAGGACAUACUGUUCGAAGACCAUACAAGAGCUGAUGGUCAGGAACACAUCAGUCGUGAAUCAACUUCAGCUCAGCAACGUGAAGGACAUGAAAUGUUUGACGACAACAAGGAUAAAUUUUCAUGUUCUCCUUCACAAAAUGACAAGAUGAGUGGUGUAGCAAGUCUUAAGAAUGAAAUUUCACUGUUGAGCACAAGACUGAGGGCACUUGAAGCUGAUCAGGAGUUUCUCAAGCAGGUAUUGAGUUCCGUCCAAUGUGGCAGUGAUGGACUGCAGUGUAUACAGGAGAUAACCAGCCAUUUAGCAGAGUUGCGAAGAGUUGUGACUUGACGAAAAAAGGUUUUGCCUCGAGUUCACACUAUUUGGUCAUGAGAUCUUCUCAUGCAGAGAUAUACAAGCUAACGAUGGUGCUUCCAGUAAGUGCCCGUAAUGCCAUCCAUCUGAAAUUGUAGAUACUUGGAGAUGGAUGCCAUUGCAGGAGCACCAAUGUUCUUCACUUGGGAUCUGACUCAAUGUGGGAGAGAAAGGCAUACCUGACCACAAUUUUCCAUGUCUUGCACUUGAGUUUUCAAUCGACCUAGCUGGCCCAUUGUUGCAGAUUACUGAAACAGAUAAAACAUCUCUUGUAUGUGACAUAGUGGUUGUUGAGAUUAGGAGCAAGUCUGUAACAGUAAAUGUAACAAACCUUGAUGGUUCUUGACAAGAGGAGUUAAAUUGUACAUGAUACA